UUCCUGUGCCUACUGUAGACAUGUCUGAUAGUGAGAAGGUGGUCUAUACUUCCCUGGAGGUACUCAUCGCUGCAGGAUGCUGCCUGGGGAACAUGUUGGUGAUCUGGGCCGUGUGGUCGUGCCGUGCCAUUAGUCAGACCACAUUCUGUUUCGUUGUGUCUCUGGCGGUGGCUGAUCUUCUUGUGGGAGCAGUGGCUGUGCCUCUCGCUGUGGUGGUUGAUGGACGUUUGGAAACUAGUUUUUACGGCUGUCUCUUCUUCAGCUGUGUGAUCAUCGUGUUGACCCAGGCGUCCGUUCACUCCCUGCUGGCCAUCGCUGUGGACCGAUACCUGCGUGUUUAUAACCCUCUCAGGUACAGAGGAGCAGUCAGAAAGAAGCACUUGUGGGCCGCGGUCACUGUAUGUUGGCUCUCUGCUUUUAUACUAGGCCUCAUCCCCAUGUUCGGAUGGCACACAAAAAACAACACAACAACUCAUAACACCACUAUUAUGUGUGAUUUCAUCAAGGUUAUAGACAUGUCCUACAUGGUCAACUUCAACUUCCUCGCUUGCAUCUUUACACCCACCAUCCUCAUGAUGAUCCUGUAUUUGUUACUCUUCAAUAUGAUAUCCAAACAACUGAGAAAAGGAGUCGGGAACCGCGCGGAGUCCACGUCAUUUUACCAUAAAGAGCGUAAACUGGCCAAUUCUCUGGCUUUGGUUCUGGUCCUGUUUGUGGUUUGUUGGCUCCCGCUGCACAUAAUGAAUGCGAUGGAACACUACCUAAGUGUAAAAGUGCCCGGUGUCGCCAUUCACAUCGGCAUCCUCCUCUCUCACGCUAACUCCGCCGUUAACCCCAUAGUGUACGCAUUCAAGGUCCCUAAGAUUAAGAUGGCAUAUAAGAGCAUCCUCAUGAAGCUGACAACCUCGGAGGAGAACAGAGAUAUACAGAAUUCGGAUAACACCUAGAACAGCACCGCCAGAUGCAGCAUGAAAGCCAAACCAAAGGUCAUUCUGAUCGCAAAUCAGGACGGUUAGCAUAAGACUGCCAUCACGUACAAUAAGACAGGCUAGAAGUAAAAAGAAAUAGCCAGCAGUGGAUUUGUAUAUGCCUUGUUUCUAAAUUAGAAUAUUCGUCUUGAGUUUUUAGCUCCAAAAUACACUGUAAUUCUAGUGUUGUCAUAUUUGUAAUUAACAAAAGAAUGUAAAACUGCACUGAGAUACCUAAAAAACACCAACUGUAGAAUGAAGAGGCUGAAAUGUUUUUCAUGAAUUUCUGAUAUGGUAUAUAUGUAUAAAAUUUAUUACUAAAAUAUCUGUAGAAUAUCUUUUAUACAAUUAUUUGUUUUGCGUUACUUAACUUUUUAUGACAACUGGCCCAGGUAUAGUCAACAUGUGUUUCAAUGAACAGUGUAUACCUGUAUUGUUUUUUUUUUUUUGUUUUUUUUUAUCUCACCAACAGUCUUAGCCAUAAAUAAUAUAAAUAAACUACUGUUAAAGCCUGGUGUCAGUAAGACUUUUUUGAAUGAAUGAAAUUAUUACUUUAAUUCAGCAAGGAAGUAUUACAUUGAAGUGACAGUAAAUGCAUUUAAAUGUUACAAAAAAUUAUAUUUCGGAUAAAUUUAGAACUUUCUAUGGUAAUUCAUAAAUUGUCAAAUUGUUUAAUUUGUUAUGUCUCGUGCUAUCAUUAAAAUAUAAUGG